GCCGGGCGGCGGCGGUGGCGGCGGGCUGGGGCGGCUCAGUGCGCCCGGCUCCGCUCGCAUCUCUCCGCUUCGAGUCGCUUCGCCGCGGUUCACCCGCGCCCCGGCCCGGCAUGGCCGCUCCGCCGCGCCGCCGCUCCGCGUCUCCGGCCCCGCUGCCGCCGGUUCCGCCGGUGCUGUUGGCGCUGGCGGUGCUGCUGCUCGCCGGGCCCGGUGCGGUGGUGGCGGCGGCGGCGGCUGCGGCGUCGCGGGAACCCCCCGGACCGUGCCGCGUGAAAACGGUCACCGUGUCCACGCUGCCGGUGCUCCGAGAGAACGACAUCAGCUGGAGCGGAGCCCCGCCGCCCGCAGCCGCCGAUUCCCGUCUGCUGCUCUUCGUUCGCAGCGAGCUGCCCGGCCGAGUCGCCGUGCAGGACGAUCUGGAUAACACCGAGCUGCCCUUCUUCACCCUCGAGAUGUCGGGGACGGUGGCAGACAUCUCAUUGGUGCACUGGAAGCAGCAAUGGUUGGAAAACGGCACCCUGUACUUCCAUGUCUCCAUGAGUAGCGCUGAGCAGCUCUCCCGGACCACCCCCCCCAGCCUCCAGGAGCCUUCUGAGAUCGUGGAGGAACAGAUGCACAUUCUUCAUAUCUCCGUCAUGGGUGGGCUGAUUGCCCUGCUCCUGCUCCUCUUGGUCUUCACAGUGGCCCUGUACGCCCAGCGACGAUGGCACAAGCGCCGCCGCAUCCCACAGAAGAGCGCCAGCACUGAAGCCACCCACGAGAUCCACUACAUCCCCUCGGUGCUGCUGGGCCCCCAGGCCAGAGAGAGCUUCCGUAACUCACGCCUGCAGGCCCACAACUCGGUCAUUGGUGUGCCCAUCCGUGAGACCCCCAUCCUGGAUGACUAUGAGGAUGAGGAGGAGGAGGAGACGCCGCAGCGGGCAGAGCCCAGCAGCAGGGAGGAUGAGUUUGGCAGCCAGGUGACACGAACACUGGAGAGCCUGGGCCGGGGUGGGGAGGAGAAGCCUGACUACGAGAAGAAAGCUCCCGAGGUGACUCAGGAGACAGUGGAGUCCCUGAUGCAGAAGUUCAAGGAGAGUUUCCGCACCAACACUCCCAUCGAGAUCGGGCAGCUCCAACCAGCCCUGCGCAGCACUUCUGUAGGGAGACGCAAACGCCGGAGCCGACCCCGAGGUGGCAUCGGCUUUGGUCGCGCCAAAGGGAACUCUGGCUCAGAGGCAGAUGAUGAAACCCAGCUCACCUUUUACACCGAGCAGUACCGGAGCAGGAGGCGAAGCAAAGGUUCAAUGAAAAGCCCCGUCAACAAGACAGCCCUGACCCUGAUUGCUGUCAGCUCCUGCAUCCUGGCCAUGGUGUGCGGCUCACAGCUCUCCUGUCCGUUGACCGUCAAGGUGACGCUUCACGUCCCUGAGCACUUCAUUGCUGAUGGCAGCAGCUUCGUUGUGAGUGAGGGGAGCUACCUGGACAUCUCCGACUGGCUGAACCCAGCCAAGCUGUCCCUUUACUAUCAGAUCAAUGCCACGUCUCCCUGGGUGAGAGAUCUCUGUGGCCAGAGGACCACCGAUGCCUGUGAACAGCUGUGUGACCAAGAAACAGGGGAGUGCAGCUGUCAUGAAGGCUACGCACCGGACCCCAUGCAUCGUCACCUGUGUGUGCGCACUGACUGGGGACACAGUGAAGGGCCAUGGCCCUACACCACACUUGAGAGAGGAUACGACUUGGUCACGGGAGAGCAGGCACCGGAGAAGAUACUCAGGUCCACGUAUAGUCUGGGACAAGGCCUGUGGCUCCCUGUCAGUAAGAGCUUCGUGGUGCCUCCUGUGGAGCUCUCCAUCAAUCCUCUUGCCAGCUGCAAGACAGAUGUUCUGGUGACAGAAGAUCCGGCAGAUGUCAGGGAAGAAGCGAUGCUGUCCACCUACUUUGAAACCAUCAAUGAUUUGCUGUCAUCUUUCGGGCCGGUCCGGGACUGCUCCCGCAACAACGGCGGCUGCACCCGCAACUUCAAGUGCGUUUCAGAUCGCCAGGUGGAUUCAACAGGCUGCGUGUGCCCCGAGGACCUCCGGCCCAUGAAGGACGGCACUGGCUGCUACGACUACUCCAAAGGCAUCGACUGCUCAGAUGGCUUCAACGGCGGCUGCGAGCAGCUCUGCCUGCAGCAGACCCUCCCUCUGCCCCACGACCCCUCCUCCAGCACCAUCUUCAUGUUCUGCGGGUGCGUGGAGGAGUACAAGCUGGCCCCUGAUGGCAAGUCCUGCCUCAUGCUGUCUGACAUCUGUGAGGGCCCCAAGUGCCUGAAGUCAGAUGCCAAGUUCAACGACACUCUCUUUGGGGAGAUGCUGCACGGCUACAACAACAGGAGCCAACACGUCAACCAGGGCCAGGUGUUCCAGAUGACUUUCAGGGAGAACAACUUCAUCAAGGACUUCCCGCAGCUGGCUGAUGGGCUGCUGGUCAUCCCGCUGCCCGUGGAGGAGCAGUGCCGUGGAGUGCUGUCUGAGCCCCUGCCUGACCUCCAGCUCCUCACUGGAGACAUCAAGUAUGAUGAGGCGAUGGGCUACCCCAUGGUGCAGCAUUGGCGGGUCAGGAGCAACCUGUACCGUGUGAAGCUCAGCUCCAUCACCCUCUCUUCAGGCUUCGCCAACAUCCUGAAGAUCCUGAGCAAGGACAGCAGCCGGGAGGAGCUGCUCUCCUUCAUCCAGCAGUUCGGCUCCCACUACAUUGCUGAGGCUCUGUACGGCUCUGAGUUCAGCUGCACCAUCCACUUCCCCAGCAAGAAGGUGCAGCAGCAGCUGUGGCUCCAAUACCAGAAAGAAACAACUGAGCUGGGGAACAAGAAGGAAUUGAAAUCCAUGCCGUUCAUCACCUAUCUCUCGGGCUUGCUGACAGCACAGAUGCUUUCUGAUGACCACCUCAUCUCAGGUGUGGAGAUCCGCUGUGAGGAGAAAGGCCGCUGCCCAUCCACGUGCCAUUUGUGCCGGCGCCCAGGCAAGGAGCAGCUCAGCCCCACGCCAGUCCUAUUGGAGAUCAACCGUGUGGUGCCCCUGUAUGCCCUUAUCCAGGACAAUGACACCAGGGAGGCUUUCAGAGGCGCUCUGAUGAGCUCAUAUUGGUGCUCGGGGAAAGGCGACGUGAUCGAAGACUGGUGCAGGUGUGACCUCAACGCCUUCGAUGAGAACGGGCUCCCGAACUGCAGCCCCCUCCCUCAGCCUGUCCUGCGGCUGUCCCCCAACGUGGAGCCCUCCAGCACUGUGGUCUCCCUGGAGUGGCUGGAUGUGCAGCCUGCCAUUGGGACAAAGGUAUCCGACUACGUCCUGCACCACAAGAAGGUGGAUGAGUACACAGACACGGACCUCUACACAGGAGAAUCCUUAAGCUUUGCAGAUGAUUUGCUUUCUGGCCUUGCAACAUCCUGUGUGGCAGCGGGUCGAAGCCAUGGAGAUGUCCCUGAAACCAGCCUCUAUUCAGUUAUUUUCAAGUGCCUGGAACCGGAUGGUCUGUACAAGUUCACACUGUAUGCAGUGGACACACGAGGGAGACACUCAGAACUGAGCACGGUCACCCUGAGGACAGCCUGCCCACUGGUAGAUGACAGCAAGGCAGAAGAGAUAGCUGACAAAAUCUACAACCUCUACAAUGGCUACACCAGUGGGAAGGAGCAGCAGACAGCCUACAACACACUGAUGGAGGUCUCUGCUUCCAUGCUGUUCCGAGUCCAACACCAUUACAAUUCCCACUAUGAGAAGUUUGGAGACUUUGUCUGGCGCAGUGAGGACGAACUGGGGCCCAGGUAAAACCCAGAACAAACCGACAGUUACAACCAAGUGAAACCGAAACCGGAAGGGAGGUAGCUGGAACCCGACUCCAAGAGUCCUCUGGUACCAUCCUCCAUUCUCAGCCUGGGAGGGGACAGCAGGAGAUGCAAGAAAAGCGGGAUGACACCAGCUCAGCUCAUCUGCGAGAGGGUGGGGAGGGAGCGGGGUAGCAGCUGAUAGGAGUUUCCCACCCCAUCCCUCACCGUUCACUGCUUUCUGCUCCUGCUUGCCCUCCUGCUGGCCAUAGAGUGGGUGCAGCCCUGGAUCACAGACUGUGACAGAGAUGCCUUUGGCACCGAUAUGACCUGGACUUCAUAAGCAGCUAAAUUUCAUCAGCAUGAGCACCUUCUCCUAUUCCCCCAUUUUUCUUGUUUGGUUUUGCCCUGUGUCACCCUCUCAUCUCCCACUGGAUGUCCAUCAUGAAGGUUUGUCCCCCAGGACUCUACCAGGCAAUCGAGGCCCAUGCAGUGGGUAGAUGCUGUAAGGCCAUCCAGCUGCAUCCACACCCCAGGGGUACCCUCUCCUUGUUCCCCUUAAUGCAAUCUGAUCCCAUCGAAAAAUUAAGAUGUAGCGUUCUUAACAUGAGUUAAUGUGACUCAGAGCAGCACCUCUGCUUGCGGUACUCUCAGCCCCACUGGAGGAGAUGGACAGUGCCAAAAACAGGGGUAAAAAACAAUAAAUCAAAUAGCAGCAUGGAAAGCCUCCGUGUGGGGAAGGGACCUGGUUGUCCCCAGAUUGCUGCGAGCAGAGGCUGGCCCUGGUUGGAAAGAGUCACUCAUAAGGUCCUGAGCCCACAACAGCAGGUGACAAUAACGCUAACACAGACCUGUCUCCCUUGGGCAAUUCCUAGGUGGGAAAAGCAGAUGGAAAAUCUCCUCCAUUCUGCAGAACUGAUAAAGGAGUUCUGCAAACUGGUCUGCCAUCAGGAUGCACGUAGGGCCUGAAGUGGGAUCUCCUGCAAGGGUGAAAUCGGGGUGGUGUGGAUGGGAGAGUUCCUGCCAAGACGCCUCAGGUGCUGAUGUGCUGACAGCCUGAAAGGGUUUAGAGGUGCUGUGCUCCUCUGAUGGGCUGGAUGGCACAUGAAGCAACCACCAGCAGAAAGGAGGAGGGUGAACGACUGAGAAGGAAGCAACCUUCUCCCAAUUACUUAUUUCCAUUGUUAAUUAGGUGGCAAGAAGCACAAGUGAAAGUUUGCUCAAGACCCAUUUUUGCUAAUGCUCUCUACACUGGCAGCCAUUCAGCUUUGCUCCAUAGAAGCCCUGAUCCCACUGGAUCACCCUUUCCCCAUAGCCCUGCACAGUGGGUACCAAGCCAUCUGUAUGGCUCCCAUGGCCAGGCCCUCUCCAGGAGCUUCCCAACAGACAGCUCCUCACCUUCUUACACUCAUCUGCUCUCCAGGCCUCCAGAUUUUGGGUUAUGAGACUAUUCUCUAGGUUAUACCCAUAGAAAUGACCCCAACAAUGGGUGAGAAGAGCCUGGCUCUUAGCACCUAACAGCUGUCAAUUUCCAUUUCUAGUUUUCCUACCUAUCUUUACAUCCAUCUCCAUGAGCUAAAUGAUUCCCCUUUUCUUCCUUGCUGUAGUGCCUGAAUAUUCAAAAAAGCAAGAGAAGGAAAAUAUCUUUCCUACCUGUCUUCUCCCAGUAGGUUGUAUAAAGCAGAAGAGUCCCCAGGAACAAGAAGAAUUAACAUUUGGGAAGAUGCUCUUUCAGAUGUGUGCUCCUUGCAGCAGGAACCCAAAGCAGCAGGAGACAAGCCCAGGCCACACUGAAGACAUCUCCAGGCUCUACGUGGGAUGGUUUUAACAGCAGCAACAGCACUAAGAUGCAUUGGACAUCUCAGUGACUCAAUGGGAUUAUGAACCCUACGAUGAAAUGAGCUCCCAGGAGUCUGGAACAACAUGAGCCCCUCUGGGCUGAAACAGGAGGAUGGAGCUAUAUGAAAGGGAAUUAUGAGGGCUGCUGCAGCUAAUGCCCUUCCUGCUGUAAGAUUACAAGCAGCUAAGCUCCUGGUCUUUCAAAGAUGUCCGACCUACAGGCCUGAAUGCUUAAUACUGACAAAUAUGGCCAAAAUUCUAAUACUUUCUCCCCAUAGCACAUACUUCCUCCUCUUCCCAUCUCCUAGGAAAACAAGAGCACGAAGCAGUUGUCAAAUAUACACAGCCAUAAGAGUGGGGUAAAGGAAGUUCAGAGAACCCCUUGGGUGGGUGGAGACCAAAAAGCAGAUUCCUUUGGCUGGCUGGUGUCCUGUUUUCUUGCCCCAAUGCUGAGGAAGAGACCAGAGGGUUUGAAAGGCAGGUUAUAGGUAAGCUUUAAGGCAGACUGUUUGGUUGCAUGGGGUUGUUUUCACCCUGUCCUGACACAGUAAGGAAACUAGUUGUAUGGGACAUAGCAGCAGCAGUAGCAGCAGCAGACAUGCUCAAAUGACAAGUGCGGGGGCGAGUUACCCUCUCUGCUCCUCAGAAGCAACCAUCCACAUUCCACAAUGCCAGUCCUGACUCCCCACUCCCUGGCUCCACAGCGGGAUCACUUGCCCACCUCUGCAGAGAAACCUCCCAGCAGCCCUGAGGCUUCUGGCCAGGUGACAAGGGGGCUUUUUGUUUGCUUUUUGAGGGUAGGGGGGAGAAGGAGGAGCUGUACAGAAAGGUCACUGCAGUCUGCUGAGCUCUCUGGCUGGAAGUAGCGUUCUUGUGAGGAGCAGAUGAGUCCCACGUCUCGAGCUGACUGGGCACCUGGCAAGUCACUUGCCAAGAGACACAGCCCUGCAGAGACCCCACCCCAGCAUCAGUGCCCCGAGCAUGAGAUACCUUGGCAUUCAGCAUCAGAAAAGGCUCAGCCCGGAGUCCUCCAAGAGCACAGCCUCUUCCACGAAUGGUCUGAGUUGUGAGUGCUGGAGAGGGGAAAGUGUUUUUGCGUUCAUCAUUAUCUCUCUCACUCUUUCUCUCUUUCUCUACUUAUUUCUAUAAAUAUGUGUACAUAAAUAGCUUGUUUCUCGCCUUAAAUCUAGAUAUGAACUGUUCAAAUUAGGUGGGCAUAACAUGCUGUUUUGAUACAUGAAAGUCUUCUCGACUUGACUCUUGGUUGUUUCUUGUCAUCACUAUUUAAGAUAUAGUUAAUACAUAAACCCCUACUUUGAGUUCUCCUUGGACAAAAAUUAAAGGCAGACUGGUUGAAUUCUAAGGGUCUCUGGUGCAGAAAUGCCAUCCAGUUGAGCAGCUAAAUGUUAAAAAUGAUACCAAAAGGGAUGUGGUGUCUCUCUCCAUUCCAUGUCACUCGGCGUUACCCAAGACUGAAGCCACGGAGUUCUUUCUGAUUGUGCUCUUGGGCGUUGGGGUCCCGGCAAGCACACUCUCCUUGUAGGUCACAGGACAUAGGGAAGGGAGUAACCUGGGGAAGGAAACACAGGCACAUGAAGGGGGGGAAACACACAGCACCGUGGAGAAAAAAAAAAGACCUCUGGAGUGAUAUCCUCAGAGAUCAGCUGGAGUCUGCAGCUGCAUUAAUUCCUAUAGUGAUUCAUUUCAGCGGCUUCAGAUGAGCCACCUGUCCCUGCGAGAGGCUGUGAAAAGGAUAAAGAAGAACCUGCUCAGCUCAUGCAGUCUCUGGUCAGCAGAUCCUCCCUUAACAGCUCAGGUCAGGCUUGUGGACACAGCUGUCCAAGGAGAAACGUACUGCUCAAGCAACCUGGGGGUGUUUGGGGUAGUCACCUAAAUGCUGGGACUGCAUUACGCUGCCAGACUCUUCUAAAGGGCCAUCCUUCCUCCAGAGCCUGCAGACAUCAAGUGAUGGCACAGCUACCUAGCAGAUCAGUGAAAGUGCAACUGGGCAAACAGACUUCUCCAAAUACCUGCUGAGUUUAAGGGGAAAAGAUGCAGCUAACGGGCACUGAGAAACAGCAAAGGAACACAAGUGAGUGGCUGCUACGUGCAGACAAAACCUGACCAUGAUCUCUGCAGAAGCGUGGGAAGGAGCUGAAACAAGACUGCAGUGCCUGGCUAGCAGACGUUGAUUUUGGCAUAUUGCAUCAUCGCGUUUACAUAAAGAAAAGGGGGUGCCAAAGGAACAGUGUCUUCCUUGUCCUGAAGUGAAUUCCCAAGAAUUUCUCCCAUCUGCACAGACUCAGGAAUGACCUCAUUCCCCUCCUUAACACUCCUUCCCAGACAGUGCCACAACCUGUUCGGUGCUCCUGAUGUCUGCACUCCAUGGCCUUGCUGCCACACGUUUGCUCUCUCUUUCACAAACACGUUUCUCCAGGCCAUGAAGGUAUGCCCGUUCCCUAUACAUCAACAACACAUCUAGGAAUGCAGACCAAGCGCUGUGCGUGAGCACACAGCUGUCAUUUCCCAAAGACCUUCCAUACGUGUCCCUGCACGUCCAUCAUAGCGUGCUUUUCUCCUGACACAUGAGAACGGGAUAGAGGGGUGUGGGUCUUUAUUUCACAACUGGGGAGCGUACGGCAGGGACAUGCUGACAGAGACAUUAAAUAGCCAACACUCAUCACCACAUCAGGCUUCAGAGAGCCUCCUCCUGUUGCUUUUGACUUCUAUUCCCAGAAGACGUGACCUUCCUCACCAACCUACGGCCUCAGUGACUUGUGAGCUUAAGAACCAAGCAGUGAAUAACCUGAAUCUACUGAUGUGCCAAUGUGGGGGGCUGCAAAGGAGAGAGAGAGAGUCCAAAAGGUUAAAAACAAAUGGAUUCAAGUAACCGGAUACUAAAGAAGCUUUAGAAACUGCAGAAAACAAUAGGAGCUUACGGGUCACUUGAUCCAACAGAAGCCAGCCACAGUAGGACUGUUCCGUAUCACAGUAUUAUGAAUAUUCUUCGAUAGGAAAAUGGAGAAGUCUGUAAACAAUGGGGUUCGGGAGGGACUGUUUAACGACUGAAUUAAAAUACUGCAGAGAAUAAAAUGACACAUGAAAGGAA